AUGCCGUCGAGAACUGUCAAUCGUCCUAUGGACACUAAGCAAAAGGAAAAGGAUAUCAACCAGAAGUUGCAGUUGUUCGGGAUAUAUCAAGCUUUCAAAAACGGCAAGCUUCCAUCGAACAAGCAAUGUGAUGUCGCCUUGAACAGUGCCAUUACCUCCAAGGCCCUGUCGUCCCCUCCUAAAGAACUGUCCAGCGAGGGCCAGGCCCUGGUUAAGGAUCUCCGGGUGGUCAUUGACGAAGCUAAGAAGCUCAUUCUUAGCAAGAAUGAGGGCCAGUUAUUGCAAGACUUUAUCUGGGAAGCUCAAAAGCUUGGCACUGGCGAAGCACCGGUACAGCCAAAUGUUCCAGUGAGCAAAGAAUCAGCCCAGCAGGACGCCGACAGGGCCGUCGAAGGAUUAAAAACCCUGGGUACCCUCCUGAUCACAAACGGAGAGUUCAGAAAGCUCUUGAACGAUGCUAUGAUCAUUGCUCGUGACAUGGCUGGUGAUGUCUCGCAGCACGCUGCCGACAGGGUUCGACCUUCACAGGAGCAGCUGUCCCAAGUGGACCAACCUGCUGAAGAGAAUGUCUGGCAUGAGAAGCCUGAUAUACCCAAGGAACAGCUCAAGUCUCGCUUUCAGAAAAGCAAGGAAGAAGCUGGUGAUGUAGCAAACACUGCGACACAAUCUGCAACGGGUGGCCAGGACCCUGCCACUGCUAAGGAUGUCGAUGUCCAGGCUGGUGUCGGUUCGGCAGCCCAGAAGGCCAAAGAGAAGGUCCCAGAGGAUGUCUCCGAGGAAGCGAAGAGUCGGGCCCAGGAGCUCAAGGAGCGGACUCGUAGCUACAUGGAGCAGAAAAUGCCCAAGGAGAGACGCGAGCAAGUUAUCUGGCGAUUGAAGAAGAUGGUUAUUGAAAUCCAGGGCCAUCCUGAUUACCAGCAAGCUGUUGGCACGCUCCUUUCUCUCGCUGAAAAAUACGGUCGUCACACCAGAGACAUCUCCCAACAAGGUGCUGGAACCACAAAGGAACUCCGUGGCAACGAAAGAAUCAGAUCGAUGGAGACCAAUCUGAAGACUCUCAUUGAACGAUUUGCAAACAGCACGUCCUUGGAUGAUUUCUUCGACUCCCUCGACAAAAUCUACCGCGAUGCAGACAAGGACCCGGAGCUCAGAGGCUGGUUCAAGAACAUGGACACCUUCAUCAGGAAAACCUUGCAGGAACAAGGCUACAUCAUGCAGGAAGACUGCGACCGUGAAUGGGACCGAUUGUACGAUCACGGUCGUUACCUGUUGCGCGAUCGCUACAAGGAUCAUACCGAUCGGAUCCUUGAUGAGAUUAGAUUCAUAGGCGAUCAGUUCAAUCAAGACCCUCAGAAUCGAGCAUUCCGCUCAGCUUUGGAGAAGCUCUUCAAUGACCUUGGUCGAGACGCUAGUGGCAAUGUCGCUCUCAAGAAGCACCUGCUUAAAGAUAUCAGAGAUGUCAUCUUGCCUUCGGUCUUUGAGAACGUUCGCUAUGUCCCUGUGCCUCGCAUCGAGGUGUCCGAUCCGAUGGCCGACGUGGUUGUGGAGAAUCUCGUCAUCGAGAGUGACAAUCUGAUGCCGAAUGUCGUGGAAUUUGGUAGUGAUAACUAUUUCCGCUGGGGUCGGAAGAACAUCAGUAACAAGAGAGACAACAAGAUCAUGAUCUCGGUAUCCGGUAUUCAAGCCGAUCUCAGAGAUGUCAGUUACUAUAUCAAGAAGAAGCAGGGAUUCCCUUCAAUCACAGACAAGGGUGUCAUGGACAUCUUCCUCGGUAACGAGGGCUUUGGGUUCAAGAUCGCGGCCUCCACGGCUCAUAAGGAGGACCGUCAGCACUUUGUCAAACUGGACAAGGUGACGGUGAAGAUUCACGAUCUCGACAUCAAGCUGAGGAAGUCCAAGCACAAGAUUCUCUUUGCCAUCUUCAAGCCUAUGCUCUUUAACAUUGUUCGGCCUACCCUGGAGAAGGUGCUCGAAAAGCAGAUCCAUGACGCUUUCGUCAAAGGUGAUGCAUUUGCCUUUGAAGUCAACCAAGAGGUUCAGCGUGCAAAGGAAGCUACCAAGCAGGAUCCUGCAAAUGCUCCCAACAUCUACUCGCGCUACAUGGACGCUGCGCGCGCGAAGCUGACCGAGAAGAAGCAAAAGGCUCAAGCAAUUGCUCAGCGCGAUACCAAGAUCCAGACCGUCACCACUCUUCACGACUCGAUGUUCCCAGACAUCAAGCUCCCUGGAGCAGUCUCCAACAAGGCUACUGAAUACACUGAUCUCGCGCGCAAGGGAGAGCGCUGGGAAUCCCCAGUCUUCUCUAUCGGCAGUGCCUCUGAGUCCAAGGACAUCCCCAAGCUCGCUUCCAUCCAACGCAAGCCUCACCGGACGGCCGAGGGCCGACUCAGAGAGAAGCCUGAUGGCCGACCAACAGAGGGAGCCGAUGGUCGAGCGACCCAGGGUGGUCAGGUCGGUGCUGACGGGUAUCCAAAGACUGGACAUCCCUCGCGUGGAUUCGCCGAUGAAAUGGACAAUGCCUUCAGCAACGGCGCCACCAAUGGCCACACGAAUGGUCAUCAAAAUGGGGCCGCUACGAAGGUCACCGCCGAGGGGCUUACCGUCCGAGGCACCCCCGAGGCCUUCAACCCACAGACCGCUUAA